AAUCUAUGCGCAAAAUGUCAUUGUUUCGUAGAUGAAUUUGAAGCAAAUUAUCUGUUUACGUGUAAUAAUAGAAUGUCCGUUACGUGUUCCUCUAGCGAGUCCAGCAGCGGCUGCUCGUCCGCCGACGUCCUUGCAGGACUCUUCCCGUUCAGGCUGCUCGCCUCGAACGCUUGCUCGGGUUCAACACAACCUGUUGUUUACUACGCUGAAGUCCCUGAGCUAUACGGUAAGAAACAAAAAGGUCAAGAGAUAAAAAAUAAGCCCAAUCACUUUGUAAAAGCUUUCCAUUGGUACAAGCGAGAACAUUGCGCUAAUAAAAAAACAACGGUUGAAACAUUCGAUAUUGGGUUUCCAACAUGGCUCGAUCACAAAUAUGAACAGUAUCUUCGGGACAAGUCCAUGGAUGCCAGCUUUAAAUCUGAACCCAGCAACGUUCAAACCCCGACGGUUAACCAGGACGUAGGGUUGUAUAAAUCAGCCAAACCAAAGGGAUUAAGAAGAGUACUGAAAAGCCCUUGGAAAAAACGACAUUCUGCUGAUAAAACUCCCGAGGGAGGAAUCUGCUGCACAGAGUUAGUGUUGCUAGAUUAUAUACAUUCUUUACUAACAAUGCCACAUUUAGUAGGUAGUAAAAAUGAGUGA